AUGGCUUGGCCAUUACUUCUCCUGUUGUUUUCAUCUCUGGCUUUUUCACAUGCACAACUCACAUUAGACUAUUAUGCCAAAACAUGUCCACAAUUUGAUGCUAUAGUGAGGGACAUCACCCAACAAAAGCAAAUGCAAUUCCCGACCACCGCGGCUGCUACCCUUCGAGUCUUUUUCCACGACUGUGCUGUUGAUGGUUGUGAUGCCUCCAUCCUUAUCAAGCCCACCGCCUUCAACAAACCCGAGCUCGAAUACGACAUCAAUCAAUCCCUAGCCGGUGAUGCGUUCGACCUCAUCACCCGCAUCAAGACUGCCCUCGAGCUUGCCUGCCCUGGCGUCGUAUCCUGUGCCGAUGUUUUAGCGACCGCUACGCGAAAUCUCAUCGUUCAGACUGGUGGACCGCACUAUAAAGUUCCACUAGGUCGAAAGGAUAGUCUAGUUUCUAACGUUUCAAACGUCGAAGCGCACCUGACACGUGCGAACGCGACGGUGGACCUAAUGAUCAAGAAAUUCCAACUUAUGGACAUUGGUGUUAAAGAUAUGGUUGUGUUAAUUGGUGGUGGACACACUAUUGGAUUUGUUCAUUGUAAGGAGUUUGCUAACAGAAUUUUUCCCACCCCUGACCCAACAAUGAAUCCAAUAUUAGUUGAGAGAUUAAGAACAAUGUGUGUAAAUUAUACAAAUAACAAAGACAUGGCAGCUUUCCUAGAUGUGAUAUCUCCUGGAAAUUUCGACAAUGUGUUGUUCAAGAAUUUAAUGAAGGGAAUUGGAGUCCUAGGUUCAGACCAAUUACUUUAUAAUGAUCCCAGGACAAGGCCAUUUGUUGAAUUAUAUGCUAAAGAUAGCAAUGCUUUUGCUACUGAUUUUGCUGUUGCAAUGGAGAAACUAAGUGUAUAUCAAGUCAAGAUUGGUAAUCAAGGAGAGGUGAGGAAGAGAUGUGAUGCUGUUAAUAAUGCUCACGCUUGA